AUGCCCCCUUCGGCCCUGAUCAAGCUUACCUCGCUCGAUAUCGAUAGCCCUUGGACGUUCCAUCUGAGGAACCCCCGAAACCCCACCGAGAACCAAACGUAUGCAGGCGUUCUCGAGUUCAUUGCUGAGGAAGGCAUUGUUCAUCUUCCUGCCUGGAUGAUGAAGAAGCUGAAUCUGAACGAAGGGGACCCCGUCCGUUUGACCGGAGCUGUUCUGCCAAAGGGAAAGAUGGUCAAGAUCCAGGCGCAGUCUGUUGACUUCCUGGAGGUUGCUGAUGCCAAGGCUGUUCUUGAGUCGGCACUUCGUUACUACUCGGCUCUCACCAAGGGAGACAUCAUCGAGAUUACUUACAACUCGCUCGUCUUUGAGUUCCUGAUCAUGGAAACAACUCCGGAGGGAACGGGUAUCUCUAUCAUCGACACCGAUCUCGAGGUUGACUUCGCCCCUCCAGUGGGCUAUGUCGAGCCGGAGCGGAAGGCACCGGCGCCCAUCCCGACCAUGGCGGACAAGCUGAAGAUUGAUGUGGGAGAGACGACUUCGGUGGACCCCUCGCGCCCUGUGUCUUCCAUGUCUAUCAGGACCCAGGGGUCUGGGGACGGCCCUCUGGAGAGCUUCACCGGCGUUGGACAGAGCCUGAGCGGCAAGCGUAUCCGCGGCAAAGGUCUCGCCAAGAAGAUCGAGGAGGACCAUCUAACCUUCAGUGGCCCUCGCAUCAUCACCUCUGACUCGCUGAACGACGACCGCAAGGUCCCGGCGGCUCUGGUCCUCCCCGAGGGCAAGUUCUUCUUCGGGUAUAAAUAUGUGCCCUUUGACAAGUCUAAGGUGAAGAAGAAGGAGGAAGCGCCUGCGCCGCCCCAGUCGUUCCAGGGACAGGGAAACUCUCUGCGUCGUAACGCACCCUCUUCGUCAACACCAGCGCCGGCUGCAGCUGAGCCAGCGAAGGAGGAGAAGGCUGACCCGUGGGCGAAUCUCGGCAGCGGGCAGACUCUGUCUGGUCGGGCCCCGAAACGCGCUGCUGCCUCCCCGGCACCUGAGCCUGCGCGUGCCCCGUCACCGCCCAAGCAGACGGAGCAGGAUGUCAUCGACGCUACAAUGAUGGACGAGACCGACUUCAUGUUCGACGACACCGCCUACAGUGACGAUGACGAUGUCAUUGAGAUCGACUCGGACUAA